AUGCUGUCACCUGAUGAUGCAAGAGCGUUUACCAAUAAGCUACAUAGAUUAAAAGGAGAUCUUGAUUACUUUAUUGGAAGAAUUGAAGCACCAUACAAUGAUCCCUCGGAAACAGAUAAAAGACGAUACUGUUCCGUGAUAAUCGAGAUGAUGGAAUUUGUUGUCAGAAGGAUAGAACAUCUUCCACCGGAAAUCAGUCUUCCCGAAACAAAAUACAAGACUUGGGACUCGACCAUGCAGAAUCUCAGAAAAGAAAAUGCUAAUCUUAAAGAACAACUAAAUGAGGAAAAAGAAAAAGUCAAGAGACUGCGGCAAAGUCGAUUGGCUGAAGAACAUUCCUCAAAAAUUGAUGAAUUAAAAUCGAAAAUUAACAGGCUGCAAAAAGACCUUGACAAAGAAAAAUCCAACUCUCAAAGAACAGUUACACCAUUUGGAAACCACAGAAACAUGAAGAGAGUGGGUACAUCCCGUGAAGAUUUAGAGGUAGAUAACAUAGAAGGGUGUGACGUACAGACAAAUACCAAGGAGCGCCAAGUCGAACUCGAAGCAGAAAAUGGAAUACUAAAAAAUCAGAUUCAAGAAUUGAAACAUUUCUCUCAAAAUCUGGAAACUGAGAGAAAAGCACUUCUGGAUAGGUUGAGUGAGCUCUCUACUAUUAAGCCUGUAAUUAAAGACACACCCAAAGAAUCUCGUCAGAAGGAGUCUGAAACAUCCUCAUCAGUAUCGAGGCGCUACACAGACCUUUUCUCCAAAGACUGGUCUUCAGCCUAUAGAGUUCUGAUGACCGUAUUGAAAACUGAUCGGAAAGUAGUAUAUCUACUGCUACAGUGUCUUACAAAUGCAUUUAACAUAUGCAAAAACAAAGCCGACCAGCAGCGUCGAAAGCUUCAUGAGGAGAACCUAACAGAAGGACUACUAGACCCCAACCUUAUCAAGGACACGCCAAGGCAGAUUAUAGAAAUGCAAAUGAAAAACGCUCCAGAAACGCUGCCAGAAAUUACACAGAUAUGUCGAGACAGAAUAUCUAAACUAAGUUCAUAUCCACCGGAAGUGACUCAGUAUGUUGACAGCUGUGCAGAAAUCUGUUGGUUUAUGGUUAUACAAAAUCCUCCAUUUUCUCUGUCUUGGGAAGCGCCCCCUGGCGAGAUGGUUGACACAUCGAAGUAUAAUUUCUACAGGACUAGCGGGAGAUACGUUGAUUUUGUAGUCUGGCCAGUGCUUUAUGACCAAAACGGCAGCACUGUGAUCGCGAAAGGAGUGGUGCAGGGACGAAAUUGAUGCUUAAACAUUUUCUUCUCGCUUUGAUUUGAUAGCUUCAUCUAUCUCAGUCAACACAAUUCUAUAUGACGACUAGGUCUUUCUUCAAAGCACUAUUUAUUGCGAGUCUUUUAAAGAAGUGAGGUAC